UUGAUGUGCCAAUAUAUCGAGCGGGCGUAGAUCCAGAAUUGGGGCGCGAUACUUUGAAGACCCAUAACGAGAACGAAAAUUCCAACCAUAAUUACAAUAAUUUAGCUAGUCACGAAGUGACUGCCUUCGGCAAUAAUCCCCGAGCCCAUAGUGCAUCACAAAAUGAUAGUGACAUUAGUAUGCCCGAUAUCGGAGGAGGUAGUCAACAACCAUCCUAUAUGGAAAGUGUAAACGAG